AUGUCGCGAUCAGACUCUGAGGAGUCUGAUGCCGUUAUGGUCGGCCCAGGCGAUAUCCGCGAUUUCCACAAAGAAAACAUUCUUCCUCUUCCGGCAGAAGACCUCAAAAAGAUCAGAGAUUGGCUGCAGCCAACAUCCUAUGAUUUAGAGAGAUCUGAAUUUUCAAGGCACCUUGAAUCGCACCUGGCGGCGGCGAACGAUCUCUGGAAAAACAUCAAAUUUGCUCUUUCUGCCUUCCACAAGGCCUACUGUGUCACAGACGCCUUGGACGAGAUGGACCAAGGCAAUGAUGACUUUCUUCAAGCUUUGGUCGAGCUGGGCCAAUGGCGGCCCGAGAAUCUCAAAGUCCUCAUUUUCUCGCGCCCAGUUGUCGCAGUGGAAGCUCCCCUUAAACACUUUUCUGUGCCUUUUCUUCGUCUAGAAGAACAACUUGUCGAUAUGGACAUUGCUGCGUACGUGCAAUACCGACUGCGAAAUUCUUCUGUGCCCAAAGAAUACUGGAAUCUCAUUACCGAAGCUAUUCCCGGUCGAGCAAAUGGUCUAUUUUUAUAUGUCAGGCUUUCAAUGGAUGCGUUCUCGAAGCCCGGCGCUGAUACUCAAGAUGUACUCAAAAAAUUACCGGCAGACCUGAACAUGAUGUAUAAUGACCUGUUACGCGAGCAUGCAAAGCGCUCAAAUGUUCCCGACGACCUUCAACUACUUAUUCUGCAGUCUAUCACACAUGCAACUCGCCCCCUUCGUCUUCUAGAGCUUGCUGAGAUGGUCAAAGCCACUCAUGCUCCAAUUAGAAACUACAGCUUGAAAGAUAUUAAAAAUCUAGUCCGAGCUGCUUGUGGUCCACUGCUCCAGAUUCUUCAUGAUGAGACUGUCUCGGUCGUUCAUCACUCUUUUACUGAGUUCCUCAAGGGAUUCACUCGCUCCGUCGCCCUUGAUGACUCAACCUACCCUAUUUUGGAGGCCGGCCCGACUAACCAGCGUCUUGCCAUUGCAUGCUUGGAUUAUCUCGCGUCUGGUUGCCUAGAAACACUUGAUAUCAAGAAACGCAGCAAGGAGGAUGAAUUCUUUCGCCCCAAAAAAGCCAAGGAGAGUAAAAUCCGCUUGCAAUUUCCAUUUCUCGAAUACGCAGCGACCAAUUGGUACAUCCAUACUCGUCGUGCAGCACUGGCUGACAUGGAUUUGUCAUCGUUUUACUUAGUGCUUGACAGCUUUGUUGCGAGCAAGCGGAGAUUUAUUGCUUGGCUGGAUAUUGACUGGCCGGAAAAUGUGAUCCAAGGUCUCACUCCCCUCCAUGCCGCCGCCAAAGCCGGGCUGGCUCAAUACGCUGCGCACUUGAUUCAAAAUGGCAACGCCGACCCGAAUGCGAAGAGUAACCGCGGCGAUCCGCCUCUCUAUUGGGCUGCUUCCAGUGGACAUGCGGAUGUUGCACAGCUUCUCAUUGAUAACGGGGCGGAUCCGGAUGGAGAAGCGAACGAAGGAUACAAACCUCUUCAUGAGGCCGCUAGCAAGAACCGUGCUGAUGUGGUCAAAGUCUUGCUUGCCGCUGGUGUUGAUCCACUAACACCGAAGACAAGAGAAACGCCAGGCAGAAUCUGUGGCAAUGGGCCAUCAUCAGUUGGUCAGACGCCACUCAUGUACGCCUGCACUAAUGGACAGAUUAAGGCAGUCGCCGAAUUUCUGCCAUAUCUCACAGAUCCCGAAACUAUCACAGAUGCCCUUUUUUGGUCUGCAGGCUCGGGGCAUGCGGCAUGUGUAGAUCUGAUUCUUCAACAGGCCGCCGUGGACGUGAAUUCAAAGUACAUGGGAGAAACUCUGCUGUUCAAAGCCUGCAUCAAAUGUGACUUGGAUACAAUCAACGUUAUUCUCGCGGCGGGUGCAGAUCCAAAUAUCUUCUGCUCUGCUCCUAGGGAUAUAGGUUGCAACAUGCGUCGGUCACUUCAAUCCUCUAAACAUCCAGAUGAACCCAGGGGCGACACCGCCCUACAUGCUCUAAGCGGAAUCACAGACCCAUCUGAUCAUUGUCAGUCCUCACUGGAGUGUGUUUCAGCCCUCCUCCGAGCUGGCGCAGAUAUUCAUGCGAGGGCCCCUGAUGGCAAAACAGCCUUGCAUUUUGCCUGUGUGAACAAUAUAGAAAUUGUCAAACUAUUGUUGGAGAAAGGGUCGGAUCCUUAUGCCAAAACCGACAGUGGAGGCACAAAACUCCACACCGAUGGAGCGACGGACAAGAAGUUGCUUCCUAUGCUGUUCGGAUCAGGGUUUGUUGAUGUCAACAGGAUAAUGGCGGAAAGCAACGGAGAGCCUUUGUUCCAUCGGCUUCAAGGCCAUCAUUUUAAGUCCGCUCUGGAAUUUUUAAAGUACAAACCAGACUUGAACAUGACUGGACAACACGGGAAUGGUUUGCUACACAUGCUGCUUAAUCACUGGGGCGACCGUUCCAAAGAUGCUGUCCUUGACGCCUUACUAUCAGCUGGCGCUGAUCCGAAUCUCCAGAAUCAAAUGGGUGAGACGCCGUUGCAUAUAAGAGGAUGUGAAAUUGGAGUUGGAAUGGUCUCCAGGCUGCUCAAUGCGGGUGCAAACCUUGAGAUCCGGGAUGCACAGGGUCAAACACCCCUCUUCGCAAGUGUCAAAUAUUCAAAUGCCAGUGAUGGCAAACCUGAACUUUUCAAAAUACUUAUUGACCUGGGUGCACGACUCGAUACCCGGGAUAAUAAGGGCCGAACCCUCCUGCACCAAGUCGUCAUGAAUGCUAGUCGUUUGGAAGAGUUAGUAGGCCUCAUGGAUUGCGAUCUUUCCAACGUGGUCGACAAUAAAGGAAAUACGCUUUUCCUUGAGGCGGCUUCAAAGGAAAAUGAAUCCGACAGCAUUUCAACUUACAGCCAUCUCAAGAAGUUGGGGGUUGAUAUCGACCAGCCUAACAACUGCGGAAAGACGGUCUUGCACAAGCUGUGCUCGCGAAAACGGAGAGUCCGCGGUUGGACACCUUCUAUCCAGACAGGCUUUGACUAUGCCAUCCAAAACUGCAAGAACCGGAGUCCUCAAGACGUCGACUGGAUUCAGCCCUUGCAUAUUGCCGCGGCUGUAUCUGAGAUUUAUGUUUUCAAGCUUCUCAAUUCCGGGGCUGAUGUUUUCGGCGUGACGAAAGAAGGCAUGAUGGUUCUUCAUAUUGCCGCUCGAGCCCGACAACCUGGGAUCAUCGGUCUCGUCCUUUCCAACAUCGCUGACCUUGACGAUGAAAAAAGAAAAGCCUUUAUCAAUCAAAGAAAUAUGGAAGGAAGCGCGGCGCUUCACUACGCCUGCUGCUCUGGCCGUCCCGAAAGUGUCGACCUUCUAUUGGAUGCCGGCGCAGAUCCUAAUUUGCCGGGCAAGGAUCAAUAUACGCCUUUGAGAGCAUGUGCCGAGUUUGAAAUUGAACAAGCACGAUGGAAAAUGAUUGGGGAAAAAGACAAUACCAGAGCCCUCAAGACAGCCAGCAUCUGGCUCGGGACCCGAGAGGUGCCAUCAGCGGGAGAAGAUCUUGAAAGGCUCCAAUGGAGCUCGCAUGAUCUCAAGGAUGAGUCAGACUCGACUCGUUUAGAUGAAAUUCUGAUUUCAUUAGUGCUUCAUGGAGCAAACACUACCGGGGACAAUGGCUCUAUUCGCGAUGCAUUCCACGCCGCUGUAUCGAAUCAACGCAAGUAUACCGCCGAAUGUCUGACACGACUCCAGUCUCGUUUGGCCCCCAACACGCACCUUGUUAAAGGAUCAGAUGGGGAUGGCUUCAUUUUCUGCAAGACUCGUUUGGAAGGUGAGAGAUCAUUGUUGAGGAAGGAAAAGGAGAAGCAAAAGACUUGGAAGACAACAGAACGAUCACGCAAUGACGCGCAAGUUAUGUUUAUGGUCAAGCUUCUAGGACUUCGCCAAUACGGUCUAUUUCUGGAAACAAUUCCAGAACUAGAUAUUCUCCUGCUGAAAUCGGCCAGUUAUUCGACCAAUGUUUCUCUCUUACACACUCUAGUAGGUUUUGGUCUGUCGGAUAUCCUUGAUUGUGUCUCUACUCGUGAAGCUGCAAUGAAAUUUGAUGAUCAUGAAUGGUGCGGCCAAGCUGAGGCUGCCAAUCACUGUCGCAAGAACGUGGCGAGGCCGCUCCUCAUCACCGCAUGCAACCGUGAACUGCCAAACAUGGAUGUGGUCCGAAUCCUUGCGGAACAAAUGGGUGUUAACAUCAACUUGAAUUGCAGGAAGGAAAGUUGGGCUAACGGCAGGAGUGAAACCGUGUUGGGUAAUGGCGUUCUGCAUGACCUUGCAGAGGGCGCAACUUGGUGGAAUGUGCACCGGGCUUUGCCAUACCUCAUCAGUAAAGGUGCCAAUCUGGAGCUGCGCAAUGAUGAUGGCGAGACACCCUUGCACAUUUCCCUAGACUAUGAAAGGUACAAGGGUGUUUUCUACAAGGAAGCUGUGAAAAUUCUUCUGGAUAAUGGCGCAGAUGCCAACGCAGUCAAUUCCAAGGGGGAGACCUGCUUGUCGAAAGCCGGCACUGAUAUAGAGCUGAUCAGAUUGCUUCUAUCUCAUGGCGCCAAGGUUUCUGGGGCUGCUAUCCUUUCCGCGAUCGAGCUCGACAAUGUUGAAUUAUUGGAGUUCUUUCUCUCUCAGGGCGAUCUCGCCAACAUGAGGCCGGCCGCUCCCGAAACUCCGGAAAGGGACCGCUUAUUUACUCAAACUAGACACGGUGCAGACCCAUACGCCACCUUUGUCAAGCUUCAUCGAGUGAAAGACAACUCUUUCAAUGUGGACGAGUUUGACGAAACGGACGAGGCUUCAGAAGAUGAGUGGGAGCCCGAAACAUGCACUGUCAUACACCAGAUUUUGAUGACAGGGGACAUGGUCGAGCCACUGCUUCAGCUUCCAUCACUCCAGCUUGAAGUGCGAGAUGACAAAGGCAGAACGUUAAUCCUUUGUACUGGUCGAACUAAGCAAAUUCAAAGCCUCGUCGACCUCGGAGCUGACAUUACCGCUCAAGACAACUCUGGCAAAACUGUUGUUCACACUCUCAUACAACACAUGCCCAGUGAGCAGAUUAUCACCACCAUCGGGGCUCUAUUUACCAGAGAUCCCAGCCUUGUGCACGUGAGUGAUAAGUUCGAUGACACUCCACUUCACUACGUGCUUAGAGCAAGGUGUAUAUGCCUUGAAUACGUCGACCUACUGCUUGAACAUGGCGCCGAUCCCCUCCAACCAGAUUCAAACGGCAACAUGGCCCUCUACUUCCUCGCUACUCAACCAUUCACUCACAAAGCUCACAUCCAGCAAUUCUUGGACCUUGGGUUGGACAUCAACGCACGCAACAAUAAUGGUAAUACCGCACUUUUGCGGUAUCUUGAACAAGGUUCAUUGCGAACUGGAGGGUUCUGGUGUACGGCCGAGACCGACGAACGCGACGACAAUAAUGGCCUGCUAUUCUUCAAGGAUCUUGGAAAAUUGGAUUUUUUUCUCCGUGAUGAUGAGUUGACAGCGCCAACCGAAAACCUUGUCCAGCGGUUCCAAUUUCUCAUGGAUAUGGGCUUGGAUCCUAUGCUUGAGGAUACUCAGCAGCGGACUUCCUUGGAUAUUGCUGCCGCUUGUGGCAAUGAGCAUAUUUUGAAGCUGUUCAAGCAGAACCCAUGGAGUAACUAG